ACCAUGUAUUAUUCAUUUGAUUUCGCAGCAAACAUCACACAUCUUUGCAUUGAUGAAAUACGCUUUAGAGGUUUACAAGAGCGCAAGAUAUUUAAGAAAUCAUUACCCAAUAGUGGACUAUUAAUAAAGGUCUUUAGCAAAAAGACCUUUACAAGCGAAGAUCUACGCCAUGUUCAUAUCCACUCGGUUGCCACACUUAUGCAGGCUGCUCUUUGGAGUACUCAUGAUCGUAUCAUUUCUCGAAAAGCAUGGAGAACAAUAAAUUAUCAGACGUGCACAUUAUCUAGUUUAUCAUCGGUCAUUACUAGUAAAGCCGAGCAGUUAUUGAUCGACAUAUUGGAUUUUCUUGUGGAACUAAUGCAGUAUAAAAGUUUAAAUUUGAUGGAUGCCUAUAACUUGGGCGAUGCUCUUGGAAAAGUCGUUUUAGGGCCAGCAGACUGUGGUCCAAUCAUACAAGAGAAAGCGGGGCAUUUUCUAACACGAAUGAUUAUUGAGCACGCAAAGAUUUAUCAUCAAAAGCAAUCUCAGCAAGUGAUCCGCCGGAUCGAUUCAGGUUUUGAUUAUUCCGUAUCCUCUUCUUGCCAUAGUUUUUAUACAGAACAUAAGCCAUUAUGUAAGACACAAGGUACCCAGGCAAGAGCGAAAUUUUAUAAUCGUGUGGUAUCAAGAACACGAGGAUUUGAUUGGAUAGACAAUACUAUCGGAGUUCAAAAAUUAUUGGAUAACGAUUACGAUUAUGCCCCUGAACCACCUGAGAAGCCUUGGAUAUCUAUAUUCACAUCUACUGAUUUACUUUUAAACCCUCACAAAGAUAUGUUGGCAUCUCCAAUAUUAUACCGUAUACUCAAAGAGGCAUCAAAACCACCCGAGAUUGUCUCUUCGGAUCCGUUUGCAGCAUCUUACCUAUUCAAUGCAGCCAAAGUCUUUUGGGCUGAACGACAGAUACGUGAGGCAUUUACUGAGUUCAUCCCACACCAGUCGAAUACCAAUAAUCUUAUCUUACAAGAUGAUAGGUCGAAUCCACUAAAGAAGAUUAAUCAUUCAAUCUCGCAUCUAAAAUUAAAUAUUAAAAAGUACCGAUCCAAACAUGACCUACUGGAGGAUAGUUUUAUCAGUGAAGACACAAUUGUGGAAGAACCUUAUACAUCGUCAAAUAAUAUGAAGAGCGUCAUGAAAAAGAUGAUUAAAUUAGGUGGCGUCCAAGGCAAAGAUCGCAAAAAUAAAAUUAUGGCUUAAUUAUUAUUGUUUGACGUCGGACUAAUAAUUAUGUGUAAACAUCCCAUUUUAAUUUAAUAAUAAAAAAAAAAAACUUUAAUAAUGCAC